UAAUGACUCCGGGAUUAUUUUUAUUUUAUUUUAUUAUUUUAUUUUAUUAUUUUAACGUCUCCUGAAACAGUCUGAGAGGAGAAAACCGUUACUGGAUAAAAAUAUCUUCACUAGAAAGACUUGUUCUUGGGAACCAGCUGGACCUUUGCCUCCCAGGAAAACCCUGAGAGGAAACGCUGGUGUGGCUCUGAAACCUGAACAAUAAAUCCAGCAUGAUGGAGGGAGGCACACUUCCUCCAACCUGCAGGGAAAAGACGAGGCGAGGAUAUACGGUUUCUCCACAACAAUGGAAAUUCAAUCAGGAAAUGGAGAGGAGGAGGUGUCGGUGGCGACCUCGGGCUCUGUUUCCUCGGCUCCCCCCGGGCCUCAGGUACCGGCUUCAGACGCUGCGGUGCUCCGAGAGGACCUGCAGGCUGCCAAGAGGAUCGAGAGGUUCGACAUACCACUUGAUAAUCUGAAGAGGAUGUUUGAGAAGCCUGCAAACACUGAAGUGACACCUGUACACACCUGCUCCUCCUCCUCCUCCUCUUCCUCGUCUAAAAGAGUGAAGUCUGGCAGUUUCACACACGCCGACCCCACCAUGACCUCCCCGCCGGACCACCAAAGCCUCUCCCCGUCAGGACGUCCCGAGGCCUCCGAGGACGAGCCGGUCUCGGUGAAGGAGCGUCUGGCCAUGUACCAGGCUGCCGUCUCCAAGAAGGAGACCAGCACCUCCUCCUGCUCCUCCUCCUCCUGCCCCGCGGUGAUGGACGAGGCGGAGGCGUGCUCGCUGCCCGGCGGCCUCGCCAGCGUCAAGAAACAGUUUGAGAAGCAGGAGUUCUCCUCUUCCUCCUCUUCCUCACACGCCACCGUCACCCAGGUGCACUACGAGCAGAGAUCUGUGCAGGAGACGUCGAGCUCUUCAGAGGUGACAGUGAGAAGCAGACAGGUUGUUCCCUCUCUGAACCAACACGAGGUGAUCCACGAUCAAAGAGUCCAGCAGAACAACGUGGCUGCCAGUUACGGGAACCAUUACAAUGAAACAGUUAUGCUCGUCGGAGGAGAGGACCUACCAAAGGUUUCCACUCAGGCUUUGAAGCAGCAGUAUGAAAAAACCAUCGAGGAAGCUGCACCAGCCAAGGAAAUUAAGGUUGAAGUGGAUUUCAACCAGUUUCAAUGGGCGCCAAUCAGUCAGUCCUCAAAAGCUUCAACCGUGACGAGCUAUGACACGUCCUCCACUGUUAAAAAGACCGCCCUGGCCUCCUCCUCCUCAGCAGCAGCAUCAUCAUCAGCUGCAGCUUAUGAGACGACCGAAUAUUUCCCUCCUCCGCCAUCAAAUCCGCCACUGGAGUCCCAGGAGUCGCCCCCCCAACAGAAACAAUCUGUGAGCAAAGAGCAGUACUUCAAACACAAGAGUUCGGCCGAGCUGAAGCGUCUUUACAAGCACAUUCACCCGGAGGUUCGCAAAAACCUGGAGGAGGGCUUCAUGAGCGAGCUCACCGAAGCCGAACGGAAGGACCUGGAGAGCGAGGAGGUGGUGGGGGACGUGCAGCAGGCGUGCUAUUUGUUUGAAAACGACGACUCCAGUCGGGGUUCGAGUCCCGACCGAGAGUACCUGGAGUGGGAGGAGAUCCUGAAAGGCGAGGUGCAGUCCAUGAGGUGGAUGUUUGAGAACAAACCGCUGGAUACGAUCAAGGAUGACACUCCGGAGGAGGACGAGGUGAGAAACAUCGCCCAGCAGGAGAUCAUCGCCGGGAAAGACGUCCGACACACGGCGUGGAUGUUUGAAACUCAACCCAUGGACGUUCUGGGGACGGAGGGUUCGGAUUCGGCCGAGCAGUCGCAGAAAUCGUCCGAUCUGGCAAGGGGGGACGUCCGCACGGCCACGUGGCUUUUCGAGACGCAGCCGCUGGAUUAUCUGAAUAAAAUCUACCAAGAAGACGAGCAGGAGACGGAGGUGGUCGCCAACGAAAGCAUCACGGGCGGAGACGUGAAGACGGCGAGGUAUCUCUUCGAGACGCAGCACCUGGACUCUCUGGGCAAGACGGAGACGAUCGAGGAGAGCCACUUCCUCAACCUGAAGUCCGAGCUGGAGGAGAUCAAAGGGGACGUGAAGACCACGACUCGCAUGUUUGAGACUCAGCCCAUGUGCGUGAUCAGGGGGGAUUCGGGCGAGAUGCUGGAGAUCACCACCAUCCGCCGCGAGGAGACGGAGAAAGGAGACGUCAAGACUUCACGCUGGAUGUUUGAGACGCAGCCGCUGGAUAUGAUCAACAAAGACCCUUCGAUGGUGAAGCUGAUCUGCGGGAUAUCGAUGGAGGAUAAUAUUCAAAGCGGGGUGAACAAAGGGAGGUGGCUCUUUGAGACGAAGACCCUCGACACCAUUAACGACGAGGAAUGGGAGAGCUCCAGGAAGAAGAAGGAGGACAUUCUUGGCGCCGAUGUGAGGAAGUACUGCGUGGUCUUUGAGACUCAGGCGAUGGACACGCUGAAAGACAACGCCAACGCUCGGCCUUUAGCUUCGGAGGAGAUCGUCGGAGGUGAUGUUCAAUCGGCCAAACAUCUCUUCGAAACAGUGCCCAUGGAGAACCUGAAAGAGCUGCUGGAAGUGGGGAAACUGAAGAAAAUGGUCGCGUCCGAGGAAGAAAAGGGCGACGUGCGGCAUCAGAAGUGGGUCUUUGAGAGCCAGCCGCUGGAGAACAUCCGGGAGGAGAAGAAGGAGAUCACGAGAACUGUGAACGUGGAAGCUCUCGACAAAGGAGACGUGACGAACUACAAGGAACGGUUCGAGACGAUGGAUUUAAGUCGAUGCGAAGGAAAGCAGAAGAUCCAAGUGGAAGGCGUCACGAGUGGAUCCGUCAAGUCCAACAGAGUCCUUUUCGAAUCCACGCCGAUGUACGCCAUGCAGGACAGCGCCGGGCACUACCACGAGGUGAGGACGGUGAGGCGGGAGGAGAUCGUGAAGGGAGACGUUCGCAGCUGCAGGUGGAUGUUCGAGACACGUCCGAUCGACGAGUUCGACGAGAGCAUCAACAAGUUCCAGAUCAUCAAGGGGAUCUCCAAACAGGAAGUGGAGUCCGGGGACGUCAAGACCGCCAAGUGGCUGUUUGAAACUCAAUCUCUGGAUGCUAUCAAGUGUUUGGAGGAGGAAGAACACAAAACCAAAGAGGAGAUUGAAAUCGAGAAGGGCGACGUGAAGACCUGCAGGUGGCUGUUUGAGACUCAGCCGAUGGACGUUCUGUACGAAAAGGUGGAAAAGAGCGAGACGGACGUGGAGGAGGUGCAGAAAGGCGACGUGAAGACGUGCACCUGGCUCUUCGAGACGCAAACUCUCGACAACAUACGUGAUCACACAGAGUCUGAGACCAUCCUGAAAACCUGCACCGUGAAAGAAGAAGACGUCCAGGGGAAGGAUGUCCGUCUGGCUCGCUUUCUUUUUGAAACGGAGAACCUGGAGAACCUCACGGGGGAGGACGGCGGCUCGUUCAGGAGGGUGACGGAGAUCGACAUCCAGUCGGGCGACGUUUCCCGGAUGAAGUACAUCUUCGAGAACCGUUCGCAGGACAUCAUGAGCUCCACGUCGGAGGAGACGAUGCAGCGGCUGAAGACGCAGCAGGCGGAGGACAUCCAGAAGGGCAACGUGGUCAACAACACGUGGAUGUUCGAGCACCAGCCGAUGGACGCCAUCCACGACGAGGCGACAAAAGAAACCCGCACUGUGAUCGACGUCCAGGGCGGCGACGUGGACAAAGGCCGCUUCAUCUUUGAGACGUAUUCUCUGGAUCAAAUCAAAGAGGAGUCGUCUGAGACGGACAUCUCUAAACUCACGAGUAUCUUUAGAGAAGACGUAGAGAAAGGGGAUGUGAAGAAUUACACCAUGAUGUUUGAAACUCAGCCGCUGUACGCCAUCUGUGACAAAGAAGGACAUUAUCACGAAGUCACGACCGUCACCAAGGAGGAGAUAAUCCGAGGAGACGUGGUCGGGGCUCGCUGGCAGUUUGAGACGAAGCCUCUGGAUUCAAUCAGAGACUCGGAGGAAGUCUACGUUAUCAAAUCCGUGACGGAGGAAGGCGUCAACAAAGGGGACGUCAGCACGGCGAGGUGGAGGUUCGAAACGCAACCGUUGGACGAAAUCACAGAGGAGAUAAAAGUCCGGUCGAAAACGGUCGCGGAUAUCCAAGGAGGCGACGUGAAGACGAACAAGCAGCGGUUUGAGACGGACGAGAUGUCUCAGAAGUACAUCAGGACUGUGAGUGUUAGCGAGAUCCAAAAGGGAGACGUCCGAUCUGCCACGUGGAUGUUUGAGACUCGCACGAUUGAGGAUAUCCGUGGCGAAGGCGCCGAGUACGACGGCAUGGAGAAGGUGACGAAGGAGGAGGUGAUGAAAGGGGACGUGAAGCAGUCGGUGUGGCUGUUUGAGAAGCAGCCGCUCGACAGCAUCCGAGAGAGCGACGGCUCGCAGCUCGUCGUCACCAAAGAGGAAAUCCCGCAGGCGGACGUGAAGUCGACGACGUGGAUGUUUGAAACGACGCCGUUCCACGAGUUCAACGAGAGCAGCACGGAGAAGACGGAGAUCAUCGGCAAAAGCAUCAAAGAGACGCUGGAGGAGCUUUACUGCCAGAAAAUGGUGGAGUCGCAGGGCGUUCUCAUCGAGACGGACGAGAUCGGAGACGUCCGCAUGGCGAAGUACAAACUCAUGAACCAGGAGGCGCCGCAGAUCCAGAAGGAGGAAGUGAUCAGGGGCGACCUGAGCAACAUCAUGAUGAACCUGCUGAACCGCAGGGAGAUCACGGAGCGCGGCAUCACCAUUGACAGGGAGGAGCGCGGCAACAUCAACACCACCGUGCAGCAGCUCUUCAACCAGGAGAAGGGAGUCAACGUGGAGAAGGAGGAGAUCGUCCGCGGCGACAUCCAAGAGGCCGUGAACAACCUGCUGAAGAACGAGGGCUCGGCGAAACGCGGCAUCCUCAUUCAGGAGGACGAGAAGGGAGACGUGAGGCUGACGAUCUACUCGCUGCUGAAUAAAGGCGAGCGGAGGAGCACGGAGAAGGAGGACGUCGUUCAGGGGAACGUGAGCCGAACGCUGCACCGGCUGCUCUCCAACUCGGGCGGGGAGGACUCGAAAAAGAUACGAGUGGGCGACACGGAGAGAGGCAACGUAAGCUUUUACUCCACGUGCAUCGAGUCGGGAGCUCUGGAUUACCUGAAGCAGCUCCAGUACGAACCGGGGGAGUCGGAGGAGAAGGUGGAGAAGGAGCAUAUCAUCGGCGGAGACGUGCACGAGACGAAAAUCCUGCUGCGGAAAAACCAGCAGGAGAUCGGCCGAACGGUGGCGAAGGAUGAUAUUCUUCCCGGAGACGUGAACAGCAACGUUAAAGUCUUCAUGACGGAGCCGUCUGUGACUUACAGGAACCUGGAGAAGAAGGAUAUCGUUAAAGGAGACCUGAACGCGGCCCUGGACUCGCUCAGCCAAGCCAUCAAUCAGAAACUGGUAAUCGAGAAAGAGGAGGUGGUAAAAGGAGACAUCCCUACUACUUUGAAGUCUCUGGAGGAGGCCCAGCAUCAAGCCAAAGAAAUGGAAAAGCCUGAAAUCAUCAGGGGAGACAUCAGAGGUGCUCUGGAGUCACUGGAGAAAUCUGCAGCUAUUGUCGAGCCCACUGUGGAAGAUCUGGUGCCAGGCGAUAUCAAAGGCACCCUGAAGUCCCUGGAGGAGGCCAAACAGGCUGUGAAAGAGGUGGAAAAAGAGGAGAUUCUCAAAGGAGACAUCCACACUGCUCUGCAAAGUCUACACGAGGCCACAAGUGAGAAAAAGAUUUACCAGCAUCAAGUGAGCGAACAAGGGGACGUCAAAGCGACGAUUCAGCUUCUGCUCGAGCCAAACGCCUCGUCCAGGAUGCAGCGCCGCGGGAGCAUCGAAGGAGACGUGAAAACAUCCAUAAAAUGUCUUUAUGAAGGGCAGGAGGCUGCACAGAUGGAGAAAGAGGAGGUGGUGAGAGGGGAUGUUCAGGGGGCGAUAAAGAAUCUAAUGCGGAAAAAACAAUAUUCAAAUCCGAAGCGCGUGCACGCUGCGAAGAAAGCAAAAGUGCCCGUGAAAAAUCAGUUAACUGCAAAGCAAGCGGAGCAUGAAUGCUUACAGGAGGGAGCCAAGAGUGAGAGUGUGAGCCCGGCCCCCGCUGUGACAAAGCUCUCACAGAGCGGUGAGUCACACAAGCACACACAGAGGCACAACGAAAGCAAAGCGGUGAAAACACAGGUAAUAACCCAGGAGGACCAUUCGCUUACCACUGCCAAAACAGACAGCACCACCGGGGCCUCUCAGCACAAGAGCAUGAAGCAGAAAUCUCUGCCCGUGCAGAAAACACAGGCCCCGAAGCCUGCUGUAAUAAAGAGCAAACAAAUGAGUAAUAGUGAUCAAAUAGAGGUGAUGAAGGAGGUGCAGAACACAACACACAGCAGCGUUUCAAGCCGGCAAAUCUGUGAAACAAAGACGACGGUGACGGAGAAAACCGUGGUGCAGAAAUCAGAGCAAACGUCACAGAUUAAAGCUCAGAACGUGAAGAAUUACUGCAACCUGGACAUGAAAGCUAAAGGUGUGAUGGUGAAGAAGGCCAAGCCGGAGAUCCACUUCCCUCCUCCUCCAUCUUCACCUCCUCCUCCCUCCGAGUCGGAGCUCUCCCUCCCUCCUCCUCCCUCGCCCCCAGAGACCCCUCCGUCCAUUAUGAGGCAGGACAGCGACCUCCCGCCUCCUCCUCCUCCUCCUCCUCCGCCGGUCGAAUGUGACUUUUUCCCUCUCCCACCUCCUCCUCCUCCGCCUCAAGACUUUCUCCCCCCACCUCCCUCGCAGCAAGAGCUGAAUGCAAUGCCUCAGCCGCCCCCCGCCAAGCUCGCAAAACCCAUCGGCAAGCCUUUAUUCAAAGUGCCCAAGCAGCCGGAAACACAGAAGCAGCCUGUUCUGGUUAAACCCAAGUGGCAGAAAAAGCAGCCAACACCUCCUCCUCCUCCUCCUCCUCCUCCUCCUCCUCAGCUCCCUCCUGAUCAAGCAGCAACAAAGCGUGAAGAGGAAGUUCAGGUAGUGAAAAAGGAAACUACACAACAACAGAUUGAGACAAGCAAACUGAUUCAGUCUGAAUUAACAGCAACGUCGACAACAAAGAUACCGAGCAAGCCGGCCGUGAAACCGAAAGAAAGCCCGCAGACGCCGAGAAGAGUCCCCGUCCCCCCGAUUAAACUGCCGCCAGCUCCUGAACCCGAAGCCUCAAAGCCUCGGCCUUACCAGCGCAAAUUCAAAACCCCUCUCAUGCUGGCAGAGGAGAGGUACCGCCUGCAGAGGGAGAAGGAAGAAAUGGUGAAGAGUACUGUCACAACUCCAACCUCUCCGCCAAUUAACAUACAAUCCUUUGCUGCUGCGAUUCCUGACGUCUCUGCAGCAAAGAGCAGCGGGACAGAAGUCGCCACGGAAGACACGAAAGCAGAAGAAGUGAAGACGAAACAAGGAAUAUCGCCCGCCAAGAAGAGCCCUUCCCAGAUCCCUUUGAGCAAACCCUCCGCCUCAGUUGUUAAUAAGAAAUCAGCAGAUAAAAAGGUUGCAACAAGCGAGCAUUCUGCAGAGAAAACACUCUCCUCUGCUGAUGUUAAAAAGAGUCAAACUGCAGCCAAAAGUCUCUCUGUUGCUCAGCGCGAGGCCUCCAACUCUGAGCUCCAGUCGUGCUCCAGUGUGGUCACUUCUUCUUCUUCUUCUUCUUCAGUCACGGAGCAGCAGCAGUUCAUUAAGAAAUCCAGCAGCAGCAGCAGGUCUGUCGCCAUCGUCCAGGAAAAUGUAAAUCUUCAAAGCCAGGCUGCGGCGGUCACAUUGAAAGCAGAAGAUGUAAAGAAUAUUAAUGCGCCUCUGACACAGGAGGGGAAAAUGAGCCCCUCUCAGCCCACUAAAAUCCCAAAAGUAACUCCGAGUUUCAAGGUGAAAACUUUCAAGAUGCCGACGGAGAAAAAAGAGGAGAAAAGUGACAUAAAAAAUGAGGCGCAGGUAGAGAAAAGUAACGUGUCGGAAACUAAAGUGGAUCAGAAAUUGACAGCAGCGAGGACGGAGGUGAGCGUGGAAAUGAAAGCCAAAGAGAAAAAAGUAAAGGAAGUGGAGGUUCAGGAGAAAAAGGCGAAGCAGAAGAAUGAGAGGGAGGUAAGGCUGUCACCGUCAGUCACUGUUUUAAUGCCUAAGGUGGCUAAGAUAACAUCUGCAGCAACUCAGCAGGGACAAGGCCACGUUUCUGUCUCUCACAGCCAGCAGAGCGUGAAGACGGAGCACGUCCAGAGACACGAGGAGGUGGUGGUGACGGAGAGCGUCGUGCACAAGCAAAAGCUGCAGAAACAAGAGCUGCACAAGACAGAGCUGCAGAAACAAGAGCUGCAGAAACAAGAACUGCAGAAACAAGAACUGCAGAAAAUUGAGCUGCAGAAACAAAAGUUGCACAAACAAGAGCUGCAGAAACAAAAGUUGCAGAAGCAAGAGCUGCACAAACAAGAACUGCAGAAACAAGAGCUGCACAAACAAGAGCUGCACAAACAAGAGUUACACAAACAAAAGUUGCAGAAACAAGAGCUGCAGAAACAAGAGCUGCAGAAACAAGAACUGCAGAAACAAGAACUGCAGAAACAAGAGCUACACAAACAAGAACUGCAGAAACAAAAGCUGCAGAAACAAGAGCUUCACAUGCAAGAGCUGCAGAAACAAGAGCUGCAGAAACAAGAGCUUCACAUGCAAGAGCUGCAGAAACAAGAGUUGCACAAACAAAUAAAGGUGCAAGGAACAGAGACGAGUAAAGUGCAGAUAAAGGCGGUGAAGUCAAAAGGGGAGACUAAGGUCGUGUCUGUGAAAACGGCCCAUAAAGACGAGGCUGAUUCAGGAGAAAUCACAGAUUUGGAGAAGUGUAAUGUGAUGCAGAAGCUGCUCGCUGAAAUGAAAGAGCUGGAGGGCGCACCGAGCAGAAUAGACUCCAACGCUGUCAGGACGAUUAUCAGCGAGCUGCCUGACUGGGCGAUGGGCUCGGAUGAGAGGAGGAAUUUAAGUGAAAUUGCUAAACAGCAAAGCAAGAAAAAGCUGAGGGAGAUGAUGGUGUACUUGAGGAAUAUUUUUACAGCAAAGGUCACAUUUUUGGAGGAGGCUGUGGAGAAAAGAGAAGAAGGGAGAGAAGAAGUAGAAGGACCGCCGGUGCCUCCGAAACCAGCCACGAAGAUCUCAAAGAUCAGCAUCGGCUCGACGAGGAGCGAGAAGAAGUCUCUGCAGGAGAGGAAAGUCCAGCAGGAGCUGAGCGAGGAGGCGGAGCAGCGAGUCUCCUCCCCGCUGGCGAGCAUCAGAACGCCGUCUCCGACUUUUAUCAGCAUCGAGUCGCGGCGGGUGGACUCCCCGCUCCGAGUGACUCCGUCUCCUCCGCCGUACAAGUGCGUCGGGACGCCGCCGCCUCCUCCUCGCAAGUCCUACACGCCGCUGAGCCGCGCCACGCCGUCGCCCACCCUCAGCCGCUCCGAGAAGCUGAUGAAGCUUCGGGAAACCACCUCCAGGCUCGUGACGCCGCCGCCUCCCGCGCCACCGCCGGCUGAGUUCUUCACCGAACGAGAGCGAGCGUCUCCGUUCAGCGACAGAGGGACUCCGAUACCGAUCGACGUGGCCGAGCUCGGCGACUCCAUGAUGACCGUAAGAGACAAGAAGUCGUUCUUCGAGGAUGCGCAGAAGGCGGAGGUGAGCCGGACGUACAUGCGGAAAGAUCCCAUCGACAUCCCGGAGCGCCUGGGCGCGGAUGCGGAGGAGAGCGGCGGCGAGGCCGUGACGAUCGACAUCCUGAAAGAAGAUCUCCCCAGAGUGGAUUUAUCCAAACUGGUGAACCGGUUUGAGUCCCCGAAACCGAGAGUUUACGCCAGAAAGGAUCCGAUCGUGAUCACGGAGCGGCUCGGCAGCGACACGGAGGACGCCGAGGCCGAGCCGGCGCGCGGAGACGACAUCCCGACGCUCAACGUGAAGGCGAUAAAAGACGUGUUCGAGACGGGGGAGCACGGCUCGCAGGCCGCCCGGGAGCUCCGGGAACAGAUCGAGAGACGGGAGCCGGACUCGGUGUCUCGCUGCUCCGUCAGCGAGCAGUUCUGCAGCGUCGACGAGCUCGGCAACGUGACGACCGAGUCGAUGAGCGAGGUGCUCGGCCGCGGGAACCCUCCGUCCUACGCCGACGUGGUGCGCGGCGCCGUGCCGACGGUGGAGGCGUCCGGCGAGGAGCUGCUCCGGAGCUUCCAGCAGUCGUGGGCGGAGAGCCAGGACGUCUUCCAGAACCUGAACCUGGGCUUCAGCGUCAGCGAGCAGAGGGUGGUCACGCGGCAGCACCACGAGACCGUCGUGACGGAAAAUUCGAGUUCCCGAGUCCGAGCUGUGCAGGGUUUGUCGGAAGAGGGUUUACCCGAUGGAGUCGCUGAUCGCAGACAAACAAAACUUCCAUAAAAGCUGCUUUCGCUGUGAACACUGCAGAGGCAAACUAAGUCUUGGUAACUACGCCUCUCUCCAUGGACGAAUGUACUGCAAGCCACACUACACGCAACUCUUCAAAUCCAAAGGAAAUUACGACGAGGGCUUCGGACAGAAACCGCACAAAGAACUGUGGAGCACUAGGACCCAGGAG